GAAGACGUCAAGUCGUGUAAACUGUCAACGUGAGGAGCUGCAUAUUGUCAAGCAACCGGAUUUUUACAAUUAAUUUCAAUCAGUGAUUUACAUUUCAUCAUGUCUGCGAGAAAUCCAGGAAUGCACCUUGAUCUGGAAUGGGUGUCAAAAGUCAGAGUCAACACUCAGGCUGUUCAUAAAAGAGCUCAGCAGAUCCAGGGACGCAAAGUGGCCAAGAAACAGUGGCAGGCUGCCUGGCUGCUAAAGGCUGUCACAUGCAUCGAUCUGACGACCCUCGCCGGUGAUGACACUCCUUCCAAUGUCCAUCGACUGUGUAUGAAGGCCACACAGCCCAUAAGAAAUGAUCUGCUGAAGAGCAUGGACAUGCAUGACAAAGGCAUCUCGACUGCAGCUGUGUGUGUGUACCCAUCACGGGUGGCUGACGCUGUGAAGUCUUUGAAAGCCGCCAACUCCAGUCUUCCUGUUGCGUCGGUGGCCACGGGUUUCCCGGCUGGACAGACGCCACUGAAGACACGUCUCGAGGAGGUCCAGAUGGCUGUGAAGGACGGCGCUGCAGAAAUUGAUAUCGUCAUAAACCGGACAUUGGCACUCACUGGACAGUGGGCAGCCCUCUAUGAUGAGAUCCGGCAGUUCAGAGAGGCCUGUGGAGACGCUCAUAUGAAGAGCAUCCUGGCGGUAGGAGAACUGGGAACUUUCACAAACGUCUACAAGGCCAGUCUGGUGUCCAUGAUGGCAGGAUCUGACUUCAUCAAGACUUCAACCGGCAAGGAGUCAGUCAAUGCCACUUACCCAGUAGCCAUUGUAAUGGUGCGUGCCAUUCGUGACUACUACCUGAAGACCGGCCACAAAGUGGGUUUCAAGCCUGCGGGAGGCAUCCGAACAGCGCAGGAGUCUGUGAUUUGGCUGACGCUGAUGAAGGAAGAACUGGGAGACGACUGGCUCAAUCCACACCUUUUCCGACUCGGAGCAAGCAGCCUGUUAGCUGACAUCGAGCGGCAGAUUUACCACUACGUGACCGGAAGAUAUCCUGCGUAUCAUGAACUUCCCAUGGCCUAAAUCUGUGAAGAAAAAAAACAAAAACAUGAAGGUUUGGGAGAAAGAAAAGCGUUCGAAUCAGCCAAUGAUGCAAUGAAUAAGGCAUCACGUCUGUUUAUGAGGUCAAUUAUGAAAAAGGUUACUAUGUUAAGGGCUCCAUUUGAUAGUGUUAAUAAAUGAUUAAGCUAAUAUAAUCUAGCAAUAAUGAAUAUUUAUACCAUGGAAUCUUGUUUCAUCACUGAAUAUCUUGCAGUUUAAACUCACAAUUGUUUGUUUCACAAAAUUAUGAGAAAAAAUGUUACAGAUUUGCAUGAUUUAAAUACAGAAUUGUGUGGAAGCCUAUAAACUCGAAAUCGGGAGAUAGAAAUUCACUAUUUAGAAUAGUGAGAGCCCAUAAACUUGCAAUUGGGGAAAAGCUUGGAUAACUGCAAGAUAUCUAUAAAUAAACAGGAUUGCAGGAUGCAGGUACAUAUAAAGAUGUAGUGUAUUAGGAAUUGUGCACGGGAAGUUUAUACAUUUGGACCUAAAAGAAAUAGAUUAGUAAUUGCGAGAAAUCAAAUCAGAAUUGUGUGAAAGCAUCUAACCUCUCAGAAGUGAAAAAUAAAGUCAGAGUUGUCAGAUAUAAAUGCAUAAUUGCAGGAGAAAAGUCUUAAUUGUAAGAGCAUAUAAACUUACAGUUAUGAAAAGUUGGAAUCUCAUCUCAGAAUUUCGAAAAGACCAUUCAUUCAUUCAUUCAUUUUCUUUUUGGCUUAGUCCCUUUAUUAUUCUGGGGUUGCCACAGCAGAAUUUUUACGCAGCUGCAACCCAUCAUUGGGAAACACCCAUACAUGCUUAUUCACACUCAUACACAACGGACAAUUUAGCUUACCCAUUUCACCUAUACCACAUGUCUUUGUAUUUGUGAGGAAAACCGGAGCACCCGGAGGAAACUCACGCGAACAUGGAGAACAUGCAAACUCCACACAGAAAUGCCAACUGACCCAGACGGGGCUCGAACCAGCGACCUUGCUGUCAGGCGAUUAGGCUACCCACUUGCGCUCUAGGUGAAUUGGGUAAGCUAAAUUGUCCGCAGUGUAUGUGUGUGAAUGAGAGUGUAUGGGUGUUUCCCAGUGAUGGGUUGAACCUGGAAGUGCAUCCGUUGCGUAAACCUUGUGCUAGAUAGGUUGGCGGUUCAUUCCGCUGUGGCGACCCCAGAUUAAUAAAGGGACUAAGCCGAAAAGAUAAUGAAUGAAUAAAGCAAUUGUGUAGAAUAUAUUCAAAAUUGCUAGAAAUAAAGCGAGAACUGUAGGAGCCUGUAAAUUUACAGUUCAUGCAUAAAAAUUCCCUCGGCUUAGUCCCUUAUUUAUCAGGAGUCGCCACUGUGGAAUGAACCGCCAACUAUUCCGGCGUAUGUUUUACACAGCAGAUGCCCUUCCAGCCACAAUCCAGUACUGGGAAACACCCAUACACACUCACAUUCAAACACUCACACACUACGGCCAACUUAGUUCAUCCAAUUCAAUUACACCGCAUGUCUUCUGUGGGGGAAACCAGAGCACCCGGAGGAAACCCACACCAACACGGGGAGAACAUGCAAACUCCACACAGAAAUGCCAGCUGACCCAGCCGAGGCUCAAACUAGGGAACUUCUUGCUGUGAGGCGACAUUGCUAAACACUAAGCCACCCUACUAAAUUAGUAAUUGCAAGAGUUAAAGCCAGAAAUUCUGCCCUAUCUGCAAAUCACAUAUAAUUAGUGUGUGUGUGCCAUAUCUAUAACUAUGCCAGAAAAAAAAGUUUCAGUUAUACUAUGGUAAAAACAAGCUUCCAAAAUAUACCAUAAUAUACAAUAUACCAAUAUAACAAUUACUUUAUUUUCAAAAUGUUGGUGCCAUAAUAUUAAAAUGACAUUAUCUAAUAAUAAUAAAUACUGUCGGUGCAUUGUUCAGUCAUGUGAUCAAAUGUGAUCAGUUACAAAACAAAACACUUCAAAAAGUGUCACCAAAAAAAAUGUAAUGGUAAAAUGAAGUUGUAUAUUGUAAAAACUUUCGACGAUGAUGUCUUUUCUUUCUGCGAGUCUUGUAGCAUAACGCUAUCCCCAAGAACAUCUCCAGAUUUCAGGAUGACAUGCUGCAACCUGAACCAUCAGAAGUAAAAAGUGCUCAUUUUUCAUCAGCGCAAA